GGCGCUCCCGGAGCCGCCCCGCCGGGGCAGCCCCUCCCCGCAGGCGGUCUCUCUCUCUCUCUCUCUCUCUCUCUCUCUCUGUUUCUGUUUCUGUCUGGCCCUUCGCUCUCCCGGUGCGGGCGGGCGGGGCAGCGGUGCGGUCCGUGUCCCCAUGGCUCUGGCGGCCGCCCGAGCGCGGGCUCUGCGCGCCCUCAGCCGCCCGCGCCCCCCGGGCCGGGUCCCGGUGCCGGCCCGGAGCCGCUGCAGCCCGGCGGGGGCCCCCGGGGCGCUGCCGCCCGGCGGGUACCGGGCCUGGCAGGAGCGGGCGGCCCGCGACCCCGCCGGGUUCUGGGCGGACGUGGCGCGGGGCUGGCUGCGCUGGGACAGUCCCUUCCACACGGCCUGGCAGCCCGGCGCGCCCGCCGGUUCCGCCCGCUGGUUCCUCGGCGGCCGCCUCAACGUCUCGGUAAAUUGCUUGGAUCAGCACGUGGAAAGGUCUCCGAACAGAGUGGCUUUGAUUUGGGAGAGAGAUGAACCUGGCACUGCAGUGCAUGUCACAUAUGGGGAGCUUCUGGAUCUGACUUGCCGCCUUGCCAACACCCUGAAGAAGUACGGGAUCCAGAAGGGGGACAGGGUGGCCAUCUAUAUGUCCGUGUCCCCCGUGUCAGUGGCAGCCAUGCUGGCUUGUGCCAGGAUCGGCGCUGUGCACACCGUGAUCUUCGCUGGAUUCAGCGCCGAGUCCUUGGCCGGCAGAAUCGUGGACUCUGGAUGCAAAGCAGUUAUCACAUACAACCAGGGAGUCAGGGGAGGCCGGACCAUAGAGCUGAAGGCAACUGUGGAUGAAGCCGUGAAGAACUGUCCAAGCAUCAAACACGUGUUUGUGGCUCAGAGGACAGAUAAGAAAGUCCAGAUGGGUGACCGUGAUAUUCCCCUUGAGGAGGAGAUGACCAAGGCAGACUGCACCUGCAUUCCAGAGAGCAUGGACAGUGAGGACACGCUCUUCAUGCUGUACACCUCGGGCAGCACUGGGAAACCCAAAGGGGUCGUUCACACCCAGGCUGGGUACCUGCUCUACGCUGCUCUCACACACAAGUAUGUGUUUGACUACCAGCAAGGCGACGUUUUCGGCUGCGUGGCCGACAUUGGCUGGAUCACGGGACACAGCUACGUCGUGUACGGACCCCUCUGCAAUGGAGCCACCUCUGUCCUGUUUGAGAGCACUCCAGUGUACCCUGACCCAGGUCGUUACUGGGAAGUGGUGCAAAGGUUGAAAAUUAAUCAGUUUUAUGGAGCACCUACAGCGAUACGCCUGCUGCUGAAUUAUGGAGAAGAGUGGGUGAAGAAAUAUGACAGAUCUUCCUUGAAGGUUUUGGGUUCAGUGGGAGAGCCCAUCAACAAGGAAGCUUGGCAGUGGUUCCACCAGGUGGUGGGAGAAGGGCGCUGUGCCCUCGUGGACACGUGGUGGCAGACAGAAACUGGUGGCAUCUGCAUUGCCCCACGGCCCUCAGAGGAGGAAGCUGAGAUUGUCCCAGCUAUGGCUAUGAGACCUUUCUUUGGGAUUGUGCCUGUGCUCAUGGAUGAGAAGGGGGAGGUUCUGGAGGGCAAUGAUGUGUCUGGUGCACUCUGCAUUGCCCAGCCGUGGCCUGGCAUGGCCAGAACCAUCCAUGGAGAUCACCAGCGCUUUAUUGAUGCCUAUUUCAAAGCCUACCCAGGUUACUACUUCACAGGGGACGGUGCUUACAGGAGCCAGCAGGGCUAUUACCAGAUCACAGGGCGCGUGGAUGACAUCAUUAACGUCAGCGGACACCGGCUGGGGACAGCAGAAAUAGAGGAUGCCAUGGCCGAUCACCCUGAGGUCCCUGAGACAGCUGUGGUUGGGUAUCCACACCAGAUCAAAGGAGAAGGUGCCUUUGCUUUCAUAGUGCUGAAGGAGCAGACAGCUUGCGCAGACCAUAUCAAAGAAGAGCUCAGAACCAUCGUGGCUUCCAAGAUAGCAAAGUACGCAGUGCCUGAGCACAUUCUGGUGGUGAAGCGCCUCCCUAAAACCCGCUCAGGGAAGAUCCUGAGGAGGCUGUUGAGGAAAGUCGUCACGGAGCAAUCGGGCGACCUGGGAGAUGUCACCACGCUUGAUGAUCCCAGUGUUGUCCAGGAGAUCUUGGCUGCUUACCAGAAAUACAAGGAGAAGAGUUCUCCAUAAUGGGCGCCUCUGGAAUUUCUCUCCUUCAGAACUGGGGAAGGUCUCCAAUUCCCAGGCAAACAGCGGGGUUUUCUCCUGGUGUUUUUUUUAGAAACUGGUUCCUUCUAGGGGAACAAGAUUUUUCACGGCACAACAUUGUUUGAGCUGGCACGGAGCUGGGAGCAGUCUGCAGUGUUCCCUGGCAGUGAUCUCCUCCUCGCUCUCAGGGCUGUUGCAGAGCAGCCCUCGGUGGUUUCCGUGAGCUGUGCUGGAGUUUAACAUCAGUUGGAGCAAGAUGCAGGCGUUCAUGUUCCUCUUCUCAAUGUUUCUGUACAUUCUCAGAGUUGUUGUUUCCCUGAGAUUCUCCCUGGGGUUGCUGUUCCCCAAGGUGCUCAGGGUCUCCCAGGGUUGCUGUUCCCUGGGAGUUUCCCCUGGGUUGCUGUUCCCAGAGUUAAUCAGGUUUUCAGGCUUCUCUUUGCCCUGGGUGUUUCACACCAGAGGUAGAGACGACAAGCUGAGUCCCCAGUGCACAUUUCCAAGGUUGUUUAUUCUUCAUUAUCUCAGUCCUUUCUCAGCUCUGCCAGGCCUCCCUGGCAGGGUCCCUGAUCUCAGUUCUGUCCCAGCUCUGCAGGGUGUCCCCAGCAGAGCAGGACACGCGGGGACUGGGCGGAUCAGAGAGCCCCGCACCUUAUGUACGGUACCCCUGACCCAACCACUGUCCCAGACGCAUUUUUUAUUUACAGAAUUGUACCAAUACCUAUUACCUAUGCUAACAUGUCAGUUCUACUCUAAGCCAAUCUCUGAAACCCAACUCAGCACAAGAUGGGGGACGAGAGCAAGAACAAGGAGCACAGGGGCCACUCCCCAAUUCCUCCAUCUUGUCUCUUCAGCCCCAUCUGCUAAGAAUCCUCAUUUCUAUAUUGAUAUUCUAUAAUAAACCAUCCACGACUUAUUUCAACUUC